CUCUGCGUCCACAACUUUCCUCUCUUUGCCCCCACCGUCGACAGCGGCAAACAUGUCGUUCUCACUGUUCAGGGCGCCUGUCUGCAAGGGCGCUUUCUCUGCUGUCUCAGCUCCUAGAUCGGCGGCCAGGAUUCAAUUCCGCAAGUAUGCAUCGGGACCGUCUGGAUCCUCUGAAUCCAAGACUGGUUUCUGGGCAGCUAUCGGUGCUGGUGUUACCAUUGCAGGAGGCCUGGCGUACUACAUGACUACAAGCAAUUCAGACACCGCCAGGCAAGCUCAGACUGCUGCCAAGUCUGGUGCUCAGGCUGUUAAGGCUGCGACCAACUUUACCCCAUCCAAGGAUGACUUCCAGAAGGUUUACAACCGGAUUGCUGAAGUGAUGGACGAGGCUGGUGAUUACGAUGACGGUUCUUACGGUCCCAUCUUCGUUCGUUUGGCAUGGCAUUGCUCUGGUACUUACGACAAGGCAUCGAAUACUGGUGGAAGCAAUUUUGCCACUAUGCGCUUCGAGCCUGAAUCUCUUCACGGCGGUAACAAGGGUCUCCACAUCGCUCGUGAAGUGAUGGAAGGUAUCAAGAAGGACUUCCCUUGGAUCAGCUACGGUGAUUUGUGGACUCUCGGUGGUGUUGCCGCUAUCCAGGAAAUGCAAGGGCCCAAGAUCCCCUGGAGGCCCGGACGAAUUGACGGUUUCCAGACGGACUGCACACCGGACGGUCGCCUCCCCGAUGGCUCACAGGGUGCUGACCAUUUGCGAAGCAUCUUCUACCGUAUGGGUUUCAACGACCAGGAAAUCGUCGCUCUCUCUGGUGCUCAUGCUCUUGGACGCUGCCACCCAGACCGUUCCGGAUUUGAAGGCCCUUGGACAUUCUCCCCGACCACCGUGACCAACGACUACUUCAAGCUUCUCUUCGAUGAGAAGUGGGUAUGGAAAAAGUGGAACGGCCCCAAGCAAUUCGUGGACAAGAAGACCGGAUCUCUCAUGAUGCUGCCCACGGACUACGUGCUUACUCAGGACAAGAGCUUCAGGAAAUACGCCAAGGCUUACGCUGAGGAUCAGGACCUGUGGUUCAAAGACUUCUCCAAGGCCUUCUCCAGAUUGCUUGAACUUGGCGUGCCCGAGUCCCAGUGGGCCACCUCUGAGCCUUGGAUCAUGAAGACUCUCGAGGAGCAGCAGGCGGAGUCCAAGCAGUAGAGGCCUGGAGUCAGGUCCUCUGAGGAAGUCUCGUUGGGUUAUCUUCAUAGUGCUAGGUUGUAUGGGUUUGAUCAUUAUUCUUAGACUCGCCCCGCUAGAGGUAGAGUAAAUGCUGUACUUACUGUGAGCAAAUUUGCUAUACAUUAUCUUGUCUGACAUAUACGAGGGUAUACGUACGCU